UAUGUCAACGGACCGGAAGUUGAAGUCAAACGAGAAACAUGGCGGCCCGCACACGGCUGCCCUUGCUGUUCCCCAAAAACCUGCCUCCUUUUAGAAACCAGAGGCUUGUCCAGACCGAGGCUGCGGCCAAGGACCCGGCGUAUCCCCCCAUCGUCCCCUCUCUCACGGCUAAGAGCAAAUCUGCCCUGCAGCGACAGGUGGAGGAACAUGUGCAAAAGAUACGUGCGUCUCCAGUGGAGGAGAAGCUCGCCCUCAUCACUCGUAUCCAGCGGGAGAAAUUUGUGGUUUACCCUCAGACUUUCGCACGGGACGCAGACAGAUGGUACCAGCACUUUACCAAGACCGCAUAUAUCCCGGGCCUGCCCGAAAAGUUCACCCUGGGCCAGGAGCACACCGGGGGGGAGGAGGGCUCGCCACCAGCCGCAGCUCAAACCACAGUAGCCGGGAUAGAAAAUGAUGCGUUCGCGGACAUCCGCUCCAUGAUCAGUCGUGUGAUUUUACAGGAGCACUGGUACCAAAAGAAACGCAAACCUUACCUGUACAGGGAACAGGAGCUCACGGUCGGACCUGUACUGAGAAACCUGGUGUCUGGUCUCACCUACAGUCUGGCCAAAUACAACCCACUGAUCCCCCUCUGCAGCCUAGAUCUUAAUCCCCAGGUUAACUUUUACUGGAACAGGGGAAAGAGAAUCAUCCCAAGGGGGCACCGAAGAGGCCGGCUAGAGCCAUACAGAUUCCAGAUUGAUGACCACCCACACACUCAGAUCAGGAUAACUCAACAGCUGCCAGAGUUUGCCCCUCUGGAGGCCAGCUAUGAUGCAGAAGUUCCAGAGAUCACAUCAGCUCCCAACCUUAUGCCUAUGUUCAGAAGACAGUAUGUCAACAAUAUCUUCACAGGUUCUAAGCUACCAGACCCAGCACGCUAUGGUCACACCCAGUUCCACCUGGUGCCGGACCGAUACCACAGAGACCGGAUGGGUCGGCGGCAGCAGUCAGAUCAGGUGGAGGUCUUUCUCAGAGCCAAUGGACUCGCCAGCCUCUUUGCUUGGACGGGAGCCCAGGCCAUGUACCAAGGAUUCUGGAACUAUGAGGAUGUCACCAGGCCUUUCGUGUCCCAGGCUGUGAUCACAGACGGCCAUUUCUUCUCCUUCUUCUGCUACCAGCUCAACACGAUGGCCCUCUCUGUAGAGACCGAUGCCAACAACCCCAGAAAGAACCUCCUGUGGGGCACUGAAAGCCUGCGUCUGUACGACAGUGUGCAGGACGGAGAGGUGGUGGGUCUGAACGACAACGUCAUCAAGCUCCUGGUUCAGUUCCUCAUGAACCAGCCAUAGAGGUCUUAGGAGUCAGUAUUUUCCUCUUUGAAGAAAUGUCUUGAGGAAAUGAAUCCUUGAGUUUAUGUUCUUCAAGGCAUUGAACGAUGAGAAAAAUCAAGACAAAGAGCUUUUAAAGAGCCUAUAAAAUGAGGAAGCUUUGCCAGAUUGUAUAAAAUAUAAGAAGAAACAUUUGUGUUCAGCUGUGUUACAAAAUCCUGGGAAAAAAACUAUUAUUAUUAUUAUUAUUGUGCAGACUGUAGUUGUGCAAAAAAAUAAAACCUUACUUUUCAAAUUGA